CGUAAGAAAAUAACACAAACAAAUACAAUACAUUCUUUUCAUUUUUCUGCUGUGUUCUUGACCUUUCUUUUGAAACAAUACAAAAAAAAACUUCCUUCCUAUGUCGUCGCGUGAUUAUGGCUGCUAGGUUAAAAGCUACGAAAUCAAAACUCAGCGAAAGAAAUCCUCAGCUAAAAUGUCCUAAUGAAUGUGGAUUCUAUGGUAAUCCAUCAUGGCAAGGAUACUGUUCUUUAUGCUACAAAGCUUUUCUUGCAAACGAGGCAGCCCAUUCAUCACAUGAGAAAAAUAGUUCCUAUUCACGUAAGGUGAACUCGAAUUUCGAAACAGACCAAGCAUCAGCAAAUGAAGAGACAACAUUGCCAUUUUCCAAAUUUGAAGAGAAGAAAAAGCUUCAGCUGACCUCUAAGAAACAAAGUGUUCGAAAGUUAUUCACCAAGACAAAAGGUGACCUUCCUGUAGAAUUACCUAUUGAGUCUGUUUCCACAUCAAUGAGAGGUGAUUCUAUGGAUGCUCCAGCUGUUUCCAAUGAUGUAUUCCGCCAUACAUCUGACUUCAACUCAUUUUUGAAAACGUUACGUAAACCAGCUGCUCAAGAUAUCGUCAGUAAAUGUAAAUUUGUGACUGAAAAGAUAAUGAACAAUGAUUCUUGGUCAGUUGAACGGCAAAGUGAAUUUCUUCAAAACUUCUACAUUCACAUGGAGGAACGCUUGCAAAGUCAUAGUGCAUUUCGAGGAACUACUCCAGCCCAGUUUCAAACGGCAUUGGAUGGUGUAGAGAAAUAUGUCAUGACAAAGAUAUAUAAAAUAGUUUUCUGUCCUCCUUCAACAGAUGAUGAGUUAAAGGAUCUUGAACUUCAGAAAAAGAUUCGUAGUUUAAAAUGGGUUACACAGCAGCAUUUGGACGCAGCAGUUAAUUUACAGAACAAGAAAGUUGUAGAGUUUUUGGAGGAUGCACAAAACGAUAUAGCGGAAGUGAACAUGAAGAGAGCUCCUCAGGACAAGUUGUCUUGUAUAGUUCGUUGUAGUAAACGGGUCUUUCAUAUGAUACGUCUUUCAUCGCCCGAAGGCAAUCCUGGCAGUGCAGACGAUUUUUUACCAUGUCUUAUUUACUUACUAUUGAAAUGCACGCCCACUUUGCUACACUCCAAUAUACAGUACAUAACGAGAUUCUGCAACGCGAACAAGCUAAUUAGCGGCGAAGCUGGUUACUAUUUUACGAAUCUUUGUUGUGCUGUGAAGUUUAUUGAAAUGAUUGAUGCUAAAUCCUUAUCACUGACCGAAGAAGAAUUUAAUCGGUAUAUGAAUGGUGAGAAGAUUGGCAACGCAUUAGACGAUCAACAAAUGGCCAACAAACCAGUGUGUGAAGGACUUCAACUCAUGCAGAAAAACUUAGAAGAUUUAGCGGAAUUACGAGAAAGACAGCUGAAAUGGAGACAGAAAGCCACACAGUUGCAAAAUGACGUUCACACGUUUAGAAUAAACGUGGAAAAAGAGGUUGCGGGCAUUCUGGAUGGAACUAUUAGCGGUCAGUUGAAAUAUUGCCAGCAAUACAGAAAUAUAAAUCCGUGAAAUUAUAUCAUGGAUAAUAUCGAUGAUGGUGAAGAGUGGUUCGAAGCGAAAAAUUCACAUGGAUAAUUGUGUUAGCUAUGAAUUGUGAUAUAUAUGACUAUAUUUAAUUAUUUCAAUAGUUAAUAAACCAUCUAACGACCAUACAAAAUAAUAUUUAUAAGUAACUACAGUAUUAAACAGUCGUUCCCAUUAAAGUAAAUACCCACCAGAACUACCUUAUCUACAUCCAAAAAUGAACAAAUAAUAUUUUUUAAUAAUAUGAGAUACUAAAUGAAUCUUUCGAAUACGUGAUGUUCAGAUUCCAGAACACUGAUUAUUUUUAUGCAAGAUCUUACUUUAGUUACAAAAAAAUUGCUAAAAUUAUUAAAUGUACGUUGUUUUGAAUAACUGGUGUUCUGAUUCCAGCACACGGUACAUAUUAUACAUUCAAGAAUUUACUUUAAUUACACAAAAAAAAUACUAAAA